CUAAGAGUUGAAGGGUAAAAUUGAGUUGAUUUGUUUACACGGGUCCCAUGAGAACAUUACAGCAUUUAAAGUUAUAGCUUAUUCCACAUAGCAUAAGUUAAAGCCUCUAGUUGGCUCUAAUGCAAUCAAUGAAUGGCCUAUAUAUAAACCAGUGCGAUGAAUAUAGAAACAUAAUUAUGAGAAAAAUACGUGCAUUGUCGAGUUUUUUUUUCCGGUCAUCCCAGGACUCUGCUUCUCUGUCCCACUGAUGCGUCGAGGCGUUCCGGUAUGUGUGUUCAUGUGAUGCAGGGAGGAUGUGUCCUAAAAGAGUUUGCAUCGAGCCAAACUGCAUCACUUCUGAGUCCGACCACCGCACAGCAAGCAUCUGUGGAUAUCCCCCCUUUCGCUUUGCAUUUAUAUCUGCUGAAAGAGAAGAAAGGGCAGAGAAGGAAAGCAGGAUUGUGAAAUGGGAGCUGCGACAUCAUCCGCGCGCCGGGACAGCAGAGGUGAGGAGGACGCGGCCGCGGAGGAGCUCACUGCAGCGGGGAGCGAUGCUCCGGAAGACGGCAGUGCUGCGGAUGACAAGCUACUACAGACAAAUGGACUGAUCUCCAAUCUGAAUGUAAAGACAAAGGAACCUGCUGAUGAAUUAAAUUGCCAAUUUGAGGAAAGAGUACUUGCAGAUGUCGGCUCUGGGUUUGUCACAUUAAAAGAAGAUGGCACAGAAACCCUCGAAGACCUACAGAAUUUGGAUCCUCUUCAACCAAAUGCUAAGAAUGAAAGCGGUGAGAUGGUCAAUGCUGGUGUGACUUUGAAAGAAGAGACUGAGGUGGACAGCCAGGUGAAUGAUAUCAAUGAGGUUGGCUUCAAAAGAAUCUUCCGGUUUGUUGGAUUCAAGUUGACCCUCAAAAAAGACGCAUGUGAAAAGACUCAAGCAAAUGAGCAAAAAGAGACCGAAGAGAAUGAGCAAAAAGAAGACAAUGCCUCAGAGGAGGCCAAGGAUGAGGAUAGUGACGUGGCUGCAAUUGAAAUCACACCUGAUGAGACUCAUAAAAGUGAGGAGUCUUCUGAUGCAGCAGAACCUCCUUCACAACAAACAGACAAUGAAACAGAGCUGGAUCAGGACAUAAAGAUAGUGGAAUUUCAUGUGGUGGACACACCUGGUAAAGAAAUGGAGAAAGAGUCGAGCAUUGAGCCAGAGGAACCAAUGUCACCAAUCAAGCAAUUCUUUACACAGGGAAUCUUUGCCAGUUUAAGAAAGAAAAAGAAAGAAGAGGAAAUACAAAAAGAGAGCAAGGAAGAGGAACUCAAAGAAAACGAGAAGACAAUUGCUGAAGAGGAGGCUGAAAAACAGGACAGUAAAUGCAUGUGCCUUGACAUCCCUUAUAUUAUAUCAGAGGACGGCAAAGAUUCACAGGAGAAAGGCGAUGACAGUUUGUUACCAGAAGGAGAGCUUCAGAAUUCUUUAGAGAAAGAUAAGGUACAAGGAAGUCCACUUAAAAGACUUUUCCGGAAAUUUUCCUCAAGAAGGCAACGAGAAGGUAAAGCUGCGGAAAAGGUGGCUGAGGUUGAGGAACAAGUCUCUGAACAGCCAAAACCAUCCUCAGAGCUUGGGAAAGCAGAGGAACCAUUAAUUGGGGAAACAGUAAUUGAAGAACCAACAGUCGGGGAACCAAAACCUGCUGAUGAGCAACCGGUGGGUGAUGUAGGCCCUCAGGAGUCCAAAAAGAAAUCUGACACCACUGUGUCUUGGGAGGCACUGAUUUGUGGUGGCUCUGCUAAAAAAAGGGCUAGAAAAACAAAUGAGGAUGAAAUGUCAGACAAAGGACAGGAACAUGAUAAAGUGACAGAUUCUCCACUGGGAAGUUCCAUUGAGGGUGAUUAUGAUCAUCUGACAUCGUCGAAUGAACAAACUGGAAGUCCUGCAGAAGGGGAGGUGGGAUCCACAUGGAAAACUUUUAAAAAAAUGGUCACCCCAAAGCGGAAGGUUAGACCCGGAGAAAGCAGUACGCCUGAGCAGAUACCUUCAGAUGGGGAAAUGAGCAAAGAUGAAUCGUUUUCUAAGAAGAAACUUAUUCCAGGUCAUAAAAAGAGAAAAUCUGAGGCAAAGCAAGACCAGACAUCCUCUGAUGAGGUUGCUAAGGAUCAUGAAUCAGAUGAUGAAACGCCAGCUAUUAUUCCAUUGUCUGAGUAUGAAGUGAUCGAGCCUGAAACUUUGAAGGAGAUGAACGAGCAACGAGUUGAAAUCACAAUAGAGCAUGAGAUGCCAGAGAUCCCAUCACAGGCAUUAGAAAAGGACACAUUCAAGACUGUAACUAAAGUUUCAAGUAACACUGCACCAGCAAUUAUACAAUCCCUCUCAGAGGACUUUGAAGAACUCACAGACUUUUUGAGCAAACAUCAACAACUGAGUGAUAUACCAGAGGAAGGCAUCGAGGAAAGCAUUGAAACACCAGUAUCAUCUGCUGAGUGGACAACACAAGAUGACACCUUAGCUGAGGACAUUGUGGAGUUGACAGCUGAUGCAGUUACUGCCCCAGAACCAGAAAGUAUUUUGGGGGAUGACACGACUGAAAUGGUUUCAGCUCUGUCACAGCUAACUGAAUCACCAAGGUCAUCUGGACAUGUUACACCAGUGUCGGCUGAAUAUGACGUACAAACAUCAGAUGCAAUUCUACAUGAAGCUAUUCAAUCCAUUUGUAUGACUCCAAGUGUUCAAUCAAUAACUACAAAAGAUGAAAGUCAAAAAUCGCUGGCUGUGUCAUUUUCACCUUAUAUCGUACAGUCAUCCACACCAGAGGAAACAAAGGUUUUGGUUGCACAUAAGAAAACGGAGGCAACAGCAAUAUGCAUAGGUCUAGUAUCUCAAGAAAUUGAGUCUGUUGAAAAACAUCUCCCUGCACCCUUAGUGGAGGCAAUACUUGAGAUCUGUGAUACUGUCCCAACUGAAGUAGCCUCUGAUAACUUUACAGAUGAACAUGAAGUUGCGGGAAUUGGGACAGAUGAGGUCUAUGAAGCUGAAAUCAAGGAUGUGAAGACUGAGUUUCAGGAAAGAAUUGUAAAUGAAGAAGAAUCUACUUCUGAAAGUGAACGAGACAUAGAGCAAGUCAUUCAGUUAGUGACAGAACCACUUGUGGAUGAAUCAGAGGAGACUCAUAUAAAGGACAAAAAAGAGGAAAGUACAACUGGUAUUGAACUUAGACAAGAUAUCGACACAAUGCAAAGUGAAUCUGGCCUGGAUCAGGUUAUGUUAGAUAUAACCCAUGGUCCUGAAUUGGAGUGUCCAUCUUAUUCAACAGAUGAAAUUGCAUAUAAUCAACUAGCAGCUGGUGAACCUACACUAGAUACAAUUUCUCAGGUAGAUGAACAAGAAACUGUAGACAAAAUUCUUGAUAUUACCAAAGCCAUAGAUGCCCCUGUAGAAGACACUGCCUCAGCAGUGGAGUGUCUGGAAAUCAAAGAGAAUGUUAAUAUUAUUAGCCCAAUUACAGAUCAAAUACAAGUAGAGACAAUAGUGUUAGAAGAUAGUUUACAAAUAAAAGAUGUUCCAUCAAUACAAGCUGAUGUAAAAGAUGCUGAUUUAUCAGUAGAUGAUUCAGGUGACAUGUCCAUCAAGGACAUCGGUGAGAAAAUGGAAGCAAGUGGUGACGAAAAAAUUGCACAGCAGGAGAUUAAGGAAGAUCAUUUAGAAGAAGAGACUGGGGAUGUUGUUUCCUCGGAACUUGUUCAAAAUGUUAAGGCUGAAAAUAUAGCAGAAUCUAUAGAUGAUUUAUUAGUAAAAGAACAGUUGCCAGCCGAGAAGGCAUCACUUACAGAACCUGUAUUAGAGAAGGCUAAAGAGGCCCAUAAAGAUGUUACUGAUACAGAUGUGGAUGACAAAGUGGUGGACAAUGCACAUGACCGAGCUGACAGGAUUUUUGUGAAAGACGAACUUGCACCAAAGAACGAGCAACCUUUAACAGACACUGAUAGCAAUGAAACUGAGAAUCAAGAUCUUUCAACCCAUUUAAACAGUAUGAGUGAAUCUCCUGGCAUAGUUGUUGGAGAAACUGAAAAAGGACAAACUGAAGACAUAAUACCUGUUGUUUCUGAGUUUUCAAAAGAUGUACUUGAGCCCACAAAAACACCAACAGAACCUGAAGUUAGCUGUGAAGCUAUACCAACAAGUCUAGGGAUACCUUCAGCAGAGGUGGAAGUAAAAUCUAUACCAGAAGAAAUUGUAACUUUUAAAACAGAGGAGUGUAGUCAAGACAUCCAACAAAAUGAACAGCUACAAACAAGUGAGAAUAACAAGACUAGCAAAGUUUUAGAGAUGGUUGCCAUUACUGAGAAUACAACAAAACAAUUAGAGCAAGAGAAAGCUAUAGUGGCCGAACCAGAAGCACAGGUACUGACAAUGUCCGAGCUACCAAAGGCAACAGAACAAGAGGGUGAUUCAUCUGAAGUUACUGUAGUUCACGGGGAAGCAAACGAUAGUGACCAGGCCCAAGCAGUGACAUUAACAGAUACAAUAAGAACAGCAGUUCAAGAUGAAAUAUAUAAAGAGGCUGUUGCUUCCAUACUGAAACCAGAAAGGGUUGACUCAAGGAUGACUGUGACUGAAGAAAAUGAAGCAUAUGCAGAUUCUAUGCAAAAAUGUGAACCCCUUAGACAGAAAACAGAAAUGACACUGUCAAAAGAGUUGCAGGUAGACAAGACAAAUAAUAAAGAUGAAAUACUAGCGGUGACAGAAGUAAUUCCCAAAGAACAGGUGCCACCACUGAGGUCUGAAGUGACAGCAGAAAUGCCAGAUGUUACGGUUUCUGAAGUACAAACAAAAGUAGAGAGUGAACUCAGGGCUGCAACGCUUGAAGUGACAGAACCAAAGGUAGAAAUGCCAGUAAUAACAGAAGUUACUGUAGAAUCAGCUGUAGUAACUGAACCUGAGGUAGAGAGACCUAUAGUAACAUCAGUUGUUGCAGAACUUGAAGUAGAAACACCAGUGGUUACAUCUACGACAAAAGCAACUGAUACUCACACUUCCCAAAUCAUAGAUGCUGACACAACAGAGCUGACAACAGUGAUCAAAGAAGAUGUGGAAGAGAAGCCCACUGUGAUUUCUGUGGUAGUUACACCAGCUACACCUUUAGAUGAAGCAACACCAGUUCUAACUCAAAGCCAUGAGUCAAGGGUUGUAGAUGAAGUAAAAGACGAAAGUGUUGAGCCAAGAGCAAUAGAAACACCAAAGGUUGAAGCAGUGAUUGUUAGAUCUGUGUUGGCUCCAGCAGUAGAGAUACAGAAUGUGAUUCCAGUGGUAAAAGCACCAAAUCUUGGCUCAGUUACAAUGACAGAGGGUUCGUCUCCAGUAGUAGAAGCAACAGUAUUAGAAACAACAGCUGCCACAGCAAUAAAACCCGAUGUGGUAGAGAUCCCAGUGGUACAGACACCAAAUAUAGAUUCAGUGAUAAUGUUACCAGCUAUAACAUCUGUACCUUCAAAAGAAGUUACCCUAGAUUUGACAUCAUUUGCAGAAACACCACUUGACAAUGUUACAGAAAUUCCCGUUGUUUCGCUCACAUCAGUAAAACCAACUGUUGCUGCAUUAAUGCAGACACCAGAUGCUGAGAUACAAGCAAGGAUUCCAAUGACAGUAACAGAAGUUGCAUGUCCUGUAGUUGUUACAACAGAUGUAACUCCAGUAGCACCCGGAGGAAUUGUGAUCCCAGCAGUAGAAACUCCCCAUGCAACUUCAUCUACAGUGGUAUUAAAAACACCAACUCAAAUCUCAGUAACUGUAACAGAAGCAGAAGCUCCAGUCACAACAUCUGUGGCAGCAUCAGCUGUAAUCCCAGUAGAAGAAACAGUCAGAGUAAAAGAGACUUCCCCUCCUGGAGUUGUUUCAGUAACUGCAGCAGUAGAAACUCCUGCCACAAUCCCUGUUGUACAAACUCCAGCUGUAAAGUUGUCUUCAUUGGCAAUGGUUGAGACACCAGUAGUAACGCCAGUGGUACUAAUGCCAAACCAGGUUUCAGAGAAAGCAAAGGAGACUGCACUUUCAGCAGUCAUUUCAGCAGUAGAAACAGCUCCUGUGAUCCCAGCAGAAGAAUAUCCUGUUGUAAAGUUAACUCAAGUUGCAGUGGUUGAGGCACAAGUUGUGCACCCAAUGGCAGAGACACCAGGACAAGGUUUGGUCCGAUUAACAGAGACUUCACUUCCAGCAAUUGUUUCAGAUGUAACAGCAGCAGUAGAAACACCUGCCAUAAUCUCAGUUGUAGAAACUCCAGUUGUAAUGACAACACCAGUCACAAAUUUUGAAUUACCAGUUGUGAGCACAGCGGUAGAGAUACCAGGCCUGGUUUCAGAAAUAGUGAAAGAGACUGCAUCUCCAACAGUGGUCUCAGCAGAAGAAACACUUCCUGUGAUUCCAGUUGUACAAACUCCCACUGUAAAGUCAACUGAAGUUGCUGUGGUUGAGCCACCAGUUGUGACAUUAGAUCAGGUUUCAUCGCUAGUAUCAGAGACUUCACCUCCAGUAGAUGUUUCAACAGUAGAAGCACCUGCCGUAAUACCAGUUGUGGAAACUCAAGUUGUAAAGUCAACUCCAGUUGCAGUGAUUGAGAUACCAGUUGUGACCCCAAUGGUACAGACACCAGGUGAAGUUUCAGUGAUAGUAAAAGAGACUGCACCUCCAGCAGAUGAUUUAUCAGUAGAAACAUCUCCUGUAAUGCCAAUUAUAGAAAAUCUAGUUGUAAAGUCAACUCCUGUUUCAGUGCUUGAUGCACCAGCUGUAACCCCAGUGGUUCAAACACCAGGCCAGGGUUCAGCCAGUGUAAUAGAGACUUCACCUUUACCAAUUGUUUCAGGAGCAACUGCAUUAGUAGAAGCACCUAUCAUGAUCCCAGUUGUAGAAACUCCAGUUGUAAUGGAUGAGAUGCCAAUUAUGACCAAAGUGAUACAGACACCAGGUCAGGAUUUAAUGAUGGUAAAAGAGACUACACCUCAGGUAGUUUCAGCAGUUGAAACACCUCUAGUAAUACCAGUUGUAGAAACUCCCGUUGUAACAUCAACUCAAUUAAAAGCAGUUGAGGCAACUGGUGUGCUCCCAGCAGUACAGGCACUAGCCCAGGAUUCAGUCAGAGAAACAGAGACUCUACCUCAAGCAAUUGUUUCAGGAGUAACUGCAGCGGUAGAAGCACCUACCAUGAUCCCAGUUGUAGAAAUUCCAGUUGCAAUGGUUGAGAUCCCAGUUGUACCCCCAGUGGUACAGGGACCAGACCAAGGUUCAGUCAGAGUAUCAGAGACUUCACCUCCAUCAGUUGUUUCAGGAGUUACUGCACCAGUAGAAACCCCUGCCAUGAUCCCGGCUGUAGAAACACUUGUUGUAAUGUCUACACCAGUUGCUGCGGUUGAGACACCAGUUGUGACCUCAGUGGUGCAGACAGCAAGUCAGGUUUCAGGAAUAGUAAAAGAGAUUGUACCCCCUGCAGAUGCUUCAGCAGUUACUUCAAGAGAUGAAACUCCUGCUGUAAAUUCAACUCCAGUUGCAGUGGUUGAUCCACUUGUUUUGACCCCGGUGGUACAGAUAUCAGAGCAGGUUUCAAUGAAAGUAACAGAGGCUUUACCUCCAGCAGAGGUUGAGACAGUAGUUUUGACUGCAGUUGUAGAAACUGCAGUUGUAAACCCACCCCCAACUGCAGUUACGGAGACACCAGUUUUGACCCCGGUGGUACAGAUAUCAGAACAGGUUUCACUAACAGUAAAAGAGACUUCGCCUCCAGCAGUGCCUGAGACAUCAGUUUUGACUCUAAUAGUAGAAACUCCUGUUGUAAUACCAGCUCCAGCUGCAGUUACUGAGACACCAGUUUUGACCCCCGUGGUACAGAUAUCAGAGCAGGUUUUACUGAGGGCAGAAGAGACUUCACUUCCAGCAGUGGCUGAGACAUCAGUUUCGACUCCAUUAGUAGAAACUUCAGUUGCAAAAUCAGCUCCAUCUGCAGUUACUGAGAUACCAGUUUUGACCCCGGUGGUACAGAUAUCAGAACAGGUUUCACUAACGGUAAAAGAGACUUCGCCUCCAGCAGUGCCUGAGACAUCAGUUUUGACUCAAGUAGUAGAAACUCCAGUUGUAAUACCAGCUCCAGCUGCAGUUACUGAGACACCAGUUUUGACCCCCGUGGUACAGAUAUCAGAGCAGGUUUCACUGAGGGCAGAAGAGACUUCACUUCCAGCAGUGGCUGAGACAUCAGUUUCGACUCCAUUAGUAGAAACUUCAGUUGCAAAAUCAGCUCCAUCUGCAGUUACUGAGACACCAGUUUUGACCCCCGUGGUACAGAUAUCAGAGCAGGUUUCACUGAGGGCAGAAGAGACUUCACUUCCAGCAGUGGCUGAGACAUCAGUUUCGACUCCAUUAGUAGAAACUUUAGUUGCAAAACCAGCUCCAUCUUCAGUUACUGUGACACCAGUUUUGACCCCGGUGGUACAGAUAUCAGAGCAGACUUCAGUGAGGGUAACAGAGACUUUACCUCCAGCAGUGGCUGAGACAGCAGUUUUGACUCCAGUAGUAGAAACUCCAGUUGCAAAACCAGCUGCAGUGACUGAGACACCAGUUUUGACUCCAAUGGUACAGACACCACGUCAGGUUAUAGUGACGGUCACAGAAACUGCACUCCCAGUAGUUGCUUCAGCAGUCAAUGCUGCAGCAGAAAAACCUUUUGUGGUCCCAGUUGAAUCUUCAGUACUAAAGCCAACUCUAAUGACAACACCAAUUAUGACUUCAGUGGUAGAAAGGUCAGUUCUAAGUCUAGUACUAGAAACUACAGCACCAACUACAAUUGCAUUGACAGAGAGACCUGUUAUGAUCCCAAUGGUACAGACACCAGCUUUGGUGUCAGUGAUCGUAAAAGAGACUGCACCUCCAGUGGUUCUACCACCUGUGACCACAACAGCAAAAAUACCAGUUAAGAGCCCAGCGGUAGAAACUCAAGCAGUAAAGCCAACAUCAGCAGCGACAGAGACACCCAUUCCUGUCGUCCCUAUAUCAGAAUCACCUGUUGUGACCCCAGUUGGAGAGCAGGUAGCAGAGACACUAACAACACCAGCCACGCCCUCUGUAAUAACACCAACAAUUGAGACUGUGAUGGAGUCACCAGCUGAAGUUUCAGAAGAAAAGGCAAAGCAGCAAACAGAAGUAGCAGAGGCACUUACUUUAGCCCCAGUUGUAGAGGCACCAGCUACACCUCAACCUGUUGUGACACCAGAUGUAAAGGAAGCAAUAGUGCAAGUAGUUGCAGAGGAUAAAAAGGAAGCAAAUACAGAGCCUUAUGUUGUAUUUGAAGAUGCUGUACAACAACAAGAGGUAAAUACAUCAAUUCAAGAAAAUCCUAAAGGUCCCAUGCCACAUAAGGCUGUAGUUCCUUCUACAGAACCUCAGCCAGAGAUGGAGGAGGACGUCUGGGAGGAUGCUGUCGAUAACAUUGGAGACUCCCACUGUCAGUUGACACACACAGAGGGUGAAUCCCAAGAUACUGCUGCUAAAGAAGCAUCCGAAGCCGUAAUUUGAAAGUGACGUGCUAAACCACAAACAGUGUUUUGUUAAUCCAAGUUUAACAACAAAAGAUAAGAACUUCUACAUCUGGAAGAAGCCACGUGCAGCACAAAAUCAGCCAGGGCUCACGUUUCUAUACAACAAAGAAAUUACCACACUACUGAGAAGUAAAAUUGCUUCAUCAAUUUCCUUGACGUUCUUUGAUCAAGCAUUACAUUUUACUUUGACAAAGAAAAUAUUACAGUAUUAAAACUAUAAAAAGCAGCUAUUUUAUCAUAUUUAUACUAAGGAUAUUUGUCAAUGGGCUUAUUAUUUUUAUCCUGACUCUGAAGUUAGCUUAUCAAACAAUAUGCUGUUACAAAACUGAAACAAAAAGUUUUGUUAUAAUAUAAAAGUAUUUGUACGCAUUAUAUCCUAUAGAUGGCAUGUUGAGUAAAACAAUUGUCAUUGCUGAAGGCAAUUACGAUGACUUGUAUUUUAAAAAAUGUACUAAUUAAUUAAAUAAUGAGGUAUAUUUAUUUUAAACCAUCAUAUGCCUUUUGAUAAACCUCUUUCUUCUAUACUCUAAAUAGUAAUUUACAGUUUACCAAAGCUGUAAUGAGUAUUAAAAGUUUAAAAACCACAGUCAUGCUUCAUUAAGAGAGGUGUAAAUGGUGUUCAGUGAGAUUAAGUCACUUAAUUUGUGACUAAAAUGUAAUUUUUUAUACACUCUGCUGUGUGCCAUUGUUAGAAAUGAGGUUUCAUUUACAGUUUAAGAAGUACUUGACUGCUCUUAGCAUAAAAUAAGCAUGCUUUUUUUUGCAUUUAUUGGCUUGUUUUUUUCACUCAAUAUUACAGACCUAUUAUUACUGCAUAUGUACCCAGUGGUUUUACUUUUUUUAAACAUUAUAUAAGCUACCAUGCCUGUGUUUAAAGCAUUUGAACUGACAGAAUAAGCCAGUACGGCGUUGAAAUCAAGAUUUGUUUGAUGAAGUGUUUGAAACCACCUGUACAGAAGGUUUGAGUAUAUUAUACUAUGCAUAAUUGGAGGAAUUGCAAUAUUAACAAUCCCCUAAAAUGAAUGGUCUCAAAUUCCUGGAGGGCCACAGCUCUGCAUAUAGUUUAGCUCCAAUCACCUCCAACUCACUGCUGGUUAUUAGGGUAUAUGCAGAAGGACUUUUAUUUUUCAGUGACCUGACUCAAGUGCUUCCGGUGAACUAUGUAUUGUUUUAAUUAAAAAUAAAUGAUCUUCAAAGCCU